AUGUCUCGCUUCGCAGGUCACUACCCACCCCCGCCAACUUCUGCAUCAUCACGUGGGGAUUCGCUCUGGUCCCGCAAUUCUCAUACAGCUUCUUCCAUCUCCACUGCUCCGAUGAGGUUGUCAGCAUCCACAGAGAAACGUAGUGUAUCUUUCAAAGAGCCUUUCAAAUAUGAAAGAGAUUAUGAAGAGCUUGAAGACGACACCGAAGACUCUUUAUCCGAACGCGAAAACGAACUCAGAAACCGAUGGGACACAAUAGCAGCUCGUUACUUUCGUGAAGUUGAAUCAUUAUCUCCAAGAGGUGGCUCUAUUCUUCCGUCUCAUAGCCGCAUACCGAUUUCUUCGACAGAGAAUAAUUCGUGGACUCACAAUUCAACAAAAGACUCAACUAUUUACCUUGAGUUCGAAUGUAGCGAAGAUAUCGAGAUUUACUUAGAGGAGCUUUCUCGUUUAAGGAGACUCGGGAGGUGUCAUGAUGCCAAGCGAUAUUUCAAGUCUUGCUCUGCCUAUUGUGGCGAUCAUCCAGAUCUAAUCAUUGACUAUGUUGAUACCCUGAUAUCGCAAGGCGCAUGUAAGGAUGUUCUCGAGCUUGUCACAAGUGAGAAUCCUCCAAUUUUGGCCAAGGAUUGUGGUCAAAUUUACAAUCACUACCUACAUUCCGCAUUUUGUGUAGCAAAGGCUGUUACUUCAGGGUGGUCAGAAGAUGCAGUUCUGCAAUGGGGACAGGCAAAAUCGGAGCUGAUUUCGGAAUUGAAGCGAGACUUUAAUAACUUGAGUCCAAUUCAGAUUCGAUUUCUCUGUCAUCUGGUGUAUCUAGAAACUCCGCAUGUGGGAUCAAUGAGUUUAUCGUAUCCAAAUCCUAUGGUUGGAUUAAUCUCUGGAACCGAGUGGCGCGAAUUGUAUUCACAUCUCCUAUCGACGAAUAGAGUUUGGGAUCUGCGAGAUAUCUUUUGUCAUCUACUACGCUCAUCGACUGUGAAACAAGUGGUAGAGAUGCUUUUUGACACGGAGAUGAGUCUAGACUUGUCUAUCAAUACAUUCGUGACGCAGUGGAUUCAAGAGCAAGAUGAAUCCACAUAUCUUGCCAUUUUUGACGUAUUAGUCACACUGUUGCUUCGGGGAAUUCCGGACGAAGGACCCCUUGACAAAGCAGACCAACAAUGGAUUGAUCAAUGCAUAGUCCAUACCCGAAAGAUUGCAACCUCAAUCAGGGAGAACUUUCCUGCAAGCAUUAAGUCUAGCCCUUACUUGCGUUGGAUUCUAGCCGAAGUAAGAUGGGCCGAUGUAUCCGGAAAAAGCCAAGAACCAUCGCGGUGGUCGUAUCUUGACAAUUCUCCUGGGCUAUUAUAUUUUGAUGGCCGUCUCCCUAUUUACGUACCGUUUGCAUCAGAGAAUCCAGGUUGGAAAAUUCCACCUCACUCAGAGCACUCUAUUGAGCUGUUGACGCUCGGACUGAACACUGCACGAGACCUUGGUCAUUAUUCUUUGGAAGUCCUCUACUUGGAAGAGCUCGUGUGUAGAUCAAGCGUUCCACAAAAUUAUCUUACUGAUUUAAAAACCCUACAAAAGAAUGUAAUAGGGAACAACUCCGGUUAUCUCAGUGCAUGCUUGGCUCAAUAUCUGUUAGGAGCAGAUCAAGAUUCACAGAAAGAUCUUAGUAGUCAAUUAUGUGAGAUCGAUAGACAAGAUGAUUUUGCAAGUAGAGAAGAGAACCCCAUCUUGAAAUGGGCCCAGAGACAGAUUCAACAUGCACUAUCUCAAUCUCUGGGGGGCUCUCAAGAACAGCAAGAUCUUUACUCGUGGAUGGAAAGGUCGGCGUAUCAUCAAAUUCCUGAGCAUUACCGCGACCGGCUUGGGCGACCUCAUCCAGCUUCAUAUGAUCACAACUACUAUCGGGGAAGAGACAGAAUCGCGAAAUACGUCGCAGAAGGCAAAUUCUCAAUACCAUACCAUUCUAAGAUAGCACAGCCCAGGGCGAGCUCCAACCGACGACGGACAAGCCCGUUACCUCCCAGACGACCUGAUUCAGGAGUGAAGGAAAGCACUGGUUCCUCCAUUCUACGGUCACAUGAGCUCCCUAUUAGGAGAGAAAUGAGCCAGCCUGCAUACAUGACUACUCCUCUUAAAUGCGCGCAAAACUUCAGCGAUAAUCGGGGCAUUAAGGAUCUCUCUGAGCGUUUCCGUGUGAAAACGCCGACAGUUAUCGACCGCUCUAUAUUGAAUCAUCAUGAUGAUUUAGAGAAGAAGGACCGGGAGUCUUCACUAUCUCAUGGGCGAAAUGAAAUUUCUUUGGACCAAGCAAGAGAAAUGUCUCCUCCAAUACAAGUGGACAACGAGGGUGGAAUUCGAAGUGUUGAGUUAGAGAGUAGGAGUGACUCGUCACCUAGAACUGAUAAAGGUAAAGGGAUCGACAAGCAUCAUGAUGCCCCUUGUGAAUCUUCAAAACCACCAGAAGUACAAGAAGACGGCUUAGAGGCAGAUCGUACUGGGCGCCCGAAUGAUCUGUAUUUUGAAGACGAAGAAGAAAUUAGGAAAUUCUAUUAUAUAUAUGCGGGUAGCUAUGACUCAGAAGUAGUGUCUGACUCUGAGUAG